AUAAAGAAAAAUGUGUUUGCUAAUUCAUUCAAUCCAAAGAAUAAAUUUGGACGAAAAUAUAACCGCAAACGAUAUCUCGAAACUCUUGGUCCUCCUCCAAUUCAAAAUACUCCGGACAGGCCGUUUAUGGUUGUCAAAUUAGAGUCCUAGUCAAACUCGAGUAUGGAUGGUGCUGAUUCGCGCUUAUGUCCGCCGUCGGAGAAGGAGGUGUGGGCGAAGUUCGGUGUAGACUUCUGGCGAGGAAGAGAAAUCGAUCAAUUUCAUCGAGGUCCUGCUGCGAUUUGGUCCCAGUGCCUGCGAAGGAAGGUGUAGAUUCCUGCUGCGAAGGAGAUGACGGGAAUUGAAGAUGACGGAAAUUGGGGCUAACUUCUUUAUUUUAAUAAAUUGGGCCUUUGGGCCUAUUUUAAGAUUUGAGCUCCCAUGAAUCCAGGCAAUUCCAAGAUCCAAACGAGGUCCUUGUUUUCCGCUAUUUCAAGUGAUUUAAUCAUUGUGCCACUUAUUGAAGAGGAGGGGGAUUGACUGUUUAUCAAUCGUCGAUGUCGCUUGGGGCCCUUCGUUGGGCUAGUGAUACUGAUCUAAAGAAUUAGGGUGAUUUCCGACCGUCGGUGUUGCUUGGGGCCCUUCGUUGGGUUAGUGGCACCGAUCUAAAGGAAUAGGUCUAUUGCCGGUCGUCGGUGCUACUUGGGGCCCUUCGUUGGGUUAGUGGCACCGAUCUAAAGAAUUGGCCCGAUUGCCGCUCAUCGGUGUCGCUUGGGGCCCUUCGUUGGGCUAGUGGCACCGAUAUAAAGAAUUAGUCCGAUUGCCGGUCAUCGGUGUUUGCUUAGGGCCCUUCGUUGGGUUAGUGGCACCGAUUUAAAGCAUUAGGCUGAUUGUACCUGCUGAAGACUGAGAUGUUGCCGCUACUUUCGACCUUUGUCCAUUCUGAAGGAGCUUGACUAAUUAUUGGCCAGUAACACUGAUUUCUUUUGCUCGUCUAGUCAGAAGAUGAAGCCAAUUGCUCGGGCUUGAGAUUGAUUAUCAUUGCUGAGCGGCCUGUUUUUUUUAUUUUAUUAUUAUUAUUAUUAUUACUUUAGUUUUUUUUAGUAAUAAUAAUAAUGAUGAUUUUUUUUUGCAGUCCAAAAUGAUAUCUUUUAAGGACGUAAGGCAUGGAGGCAAAAAGUAUCUCUCUAUAUCAACGAGUAAGAAGAAUGACGCAGAGAUUCUUUUGGAGAUGCAUAAGCCAUUUGCUCGCGAGUUUUGGGGUCCAACGGUUGUGUCCUAUCGAGUUACAAACUGGACUCCUGAGUGCGAGUAUCAAGCUCAGACAAUGCGGACUUUAGUAUCUGGCUUUACUCACAUGUCCUCUUCUGAGAUUCUUCCUUCUUUGGGUAGACGUAUCCUUGAUGAAAACGCCCCUUUGACAAAGACCUUAUCAUUUGGUGGUGAGUUUAGAUUCAUCACAGGUUACUGGGACUGGGCCGAAGAUAUUUUGAGCAUGAGUAAAAGCGUUCUGGAGGAAGGGCUUAUUUACGAUGAUGUUUAUGCCUCAUUAUUCACGUAUGACCGAUGUACUAAUGCUAUUCAAGCAUUUUGUGAGGCACGAUGUCCCACGAUGAAUACUUUGCUUACGUCAAUUGGCGAAUUGACGAUCACACUUUGGGACUUGCACGUUAUCGGAGGAUUGCCUAUCAUAGGAGACGUAUAUGAUGAAUCUAUUCCGGGCACUUCUUAGUGGUUAAAUACGAGCGCUGACCGUUCAUUUCAUCUCUGCAAAUAUUUGUUUCACGCAUAUCAUCAUCUCUUUCCCAAAGCAGGAGAUAAGCGUGUUUUGCGUGUUCAUGCGUGGGUCAAAUUCUGGUUCAGAAAGGCCUCCAAGUAUACUAUGCCUCCAGUGAGAACAGAAAAGAAACGAACAUCUCGUGCCAAGGCGACCCAUAAUCCGAGCGGAGCUAUUCCAAGAUUUGGAGGAUGGUCGAAUUCUAUGAAGGUACCAUUCCACAUACUCAAGGUUCCUGCUGAAUAUGAGGAAGAGGUAUAUUUAGCGGCAUUUUUAUCAUGUUGGCUUUGUGCAUUUGUAUUGCCGCAUGAAGGUCCUAGAGUUAUCCGCCCGGAAACAUUCAGAGUUGCUUGUAUGUUGGCUCGAGGGAAACGUGUAUGCCUUGCGGUCCCGGUUCUUGCAAGUGUCUAUCAUGGGCUUAAUCGGAUCUCGAAUGCUCCAGCUCCUGAUCAAGUUAGAACGUGUUUUCCCGUUCACUAUGUCUAUGGAUGGUUGGCAUCAUACUUUGAUACGCAUUUUAAGAAUGAGAUCCAGACCACGACACCCUUAAUGAUUUCUUAUUCAGGAGAGUGGAGCGAGAUUGAACUUGCUGAUCGGCUCCUAGUGAUAGGGCCUUGCAUGUUUUGAUUCGUGCUUGAUGACGCUCGAGAAUUCAGAGUGAACACAGGCUUGCUUGAUGCCAUGGGUUCAUUUUUUAAAAGUGAAGAGAUGAGAGGUAGAGAUGUCCCACUGGGCGUGCCAAAAAUUUGUGAAACAAAUUUUAAGUAUUUACUUAAAAUUGAUCGCAAAUAAUAAUAUGUGAGAAUAUUGGGUACAAUCUCUAAAUAUGAAUCCUCUGAUGCUUCACUUGCAAUUUGACAUAAUUAAAGAAAUUAAUUCAAAAUUAAAUCUUUAAUUCUUCAAAUAUUCGAACGUUCGUCAGAUCUUCAAAUCUUCGAACCUUCGUUCUUCGUAUCUUCAAACCUUCAAAGUUUUGUUCUUUGAAUCUUCGAAUCUUCGUUCUUUGAAUCUUCAAAUAUUCUUGAAUUAAGAAUUCCGCUUGAAGGGCCUCCGGUUUUCAAGUGGCUUGAUCUUCAACAAAAGGGCCGUUUUAUGGCUUGAUCUUCUGUUUAAGGGCCUCCCGGGAUAUGUGGCUUGAUCUUCAAUUGAAUCUUGCUUCAAUCUUAAUAUGAAUAUCUUCAAAUCUUCAAAGUUUCGUUCUUCAUAUCUUCAAAUCUUCAAAGUCUUGUUCUUCAGAUCUUCGAAUCUUCAAGCUUCGUUCUUCAGAUCUUCGAACGUUCUUCAACUUUUGGAUUUAUUUUAUUAAGAAUCGACGAAAUCACGAAGGAUUAUUCGUAUAUUCUUAACAAAAAUCGUGACUUGAUCUAUUCCUCUUCUUCGGGAUCGUUCAGAGCCUUACGGGAGUUCUUGAGAGCUUUUCUGCAACGUUUCUUCGUCUGAAAAUUCUCCUCCUUUUUCUCUCAACUGAGACCCCUAUUUAUAGGUGUGGAGGAGGUGAAAAUAUGCUUUAGGGUUGCAAAAUUUCGUCCAUACCUCAUGAGCCUCAAAUAAAAUGGGUUUUGGGCUCUAUCUGCUUGCAUUUAAUAGUCAGAAAAAUCAGCACUUGUUUGAUGUAUCUGGACAGCCUUUUUAACAAGGUUCGCAGCCAUUUUCCAUGCAUACGGAUGGAUUUCUUAACCAUAUUCAUUGUUAUCUUUAUCAAUUGGAUCGUGUCUCUUAUUCAUCGGGUUACUAUUUAAUAAUGGGCUCAAAAUAGAGAAAUUAAUAGGACCGGUCCAUUCUUUUAAAGAUUUAAUUUAUAAUUAAAUUAAUUGGAUAUUUAAAUGACCCAAAUUAAUUCAAUUAUUAAAUUUUAUCCGAAUGGGUCCAUAUUAAUAUUUUUAUAAAACCCAACAAUCAUCACGAGUGGCCCAACAGAAUCCGACAGUGGCCCACUAGCAAAUAAUAUAGCCCGGUAACUUUUAAGAGCUCGGUAGCUAUCACAGUUGGCCCAGUAAUUUUUAUAUGUCUACAAUGUCAUGUGAUUGUUUUUGCUGAUUUUCUUUCGAUCUAUGCUAAGCUUUUGGUGUUGUUAAUUUAUUUGAUUUUCCUCUGGAUAUUCUUGUUGACAACUAUAGUAAAGUUACCCUUGAAGAGGAAGCAAAGGGGGCAAAGGGGGCUGGUUCUGGAAGUAGACCCAUUAGGGGGUGAUGAAGAGGUUAAUGAGGGUGUGUGUUUUUUCGGCUACGACAAGGGUAGUAACAGAUAAAUCUAUCCGUUCAAUUUCUUUUCGUGAAACCAUGGCAAUGGUUUGGAGGUCGGUUAGAGGAGUCACCAUUGAAGAAAUUUGCACUUUGAACAAAACUUUGUGGUCAUAAGGACUUAAGGAGGUGAGGGCAAACAGAUAGACCACUUGAGGUGUCCUUAGAGUAUGCAGACUUCUGGGUUCAGGUUCACAGGUUCACAAUCUUCCUAUAGGGUACAUGACCACUAAAACAACUCAGGGAAUUGGAAAUGGCAUAGGGACUUUUGUCCAUAUUAAUUGAUGGUUUGAUUCUGCAUUUACAGAAAUUAAUCAUGAAAGUUAAUGAUACAUUUAUUAGACAUAAUGUGACUAUUAGGACAGUUUGUAUGUUUUAGUAUGGUCAUUAAUGUAAUAAAGGAGGAUGUGAAUUAGGUUGACCAAUCUUUAUGACGAGUCAUCAAGUCAUCGAAUCAAACCGUCUGACAAUGACAGAACGAACAAGACGUAACAUAUACAUGUCAUUUGGCUAUAUUAAUUCAAUGCUGCAAGAUAAAGGAAUUUCAGGCUGUUUUAUGUAGAUAGCAAUGUAACGAACGGUUAUGCUCCCACUUCUCCAUUGGACGAGUCGGAAGUGAUGAAACAGUCCAGAUGCAUUAACUUCUACUCUUUUAAAUAGCAUUAACACCUAAUGUAAACACACAAGCAUUCUCACUUGUUGGGAAUAUUUUAUGGUGUUCAAUCUAGUUAGUUAUCUUUGUAUUUCUGCAGUUAUCAAUUAAACGUGUAAUACAGGCCACAAAUGUAUAUCAGCCCGGGGGCUUCCUUGUAACCCGUAAGUUAGCCAACUUCUCCUAUAAAAGGAGGCUAACUUACGGGAACCCUAACAGACGAUAGAGGCGUAGAGAUAGAGAGAUUAGGGUUGCCGCUGCUCUCCUUCUCCAGGGAGAGCAGCGGCCAGUUCAUACGGUAUACCAGAUUCAGUUUUAAUCUUC